AUGAAGAACUGCUCUGGAAGAGCUCAAACAUGGAGCCAGACCAAAAACACUGUGAUGUGUCUCUUGCACAGCGUCCUGUGGUUGUUUCUGCUGUUGCUUCCUGGGCUGUUCCUCCUUCCCCUCCAUCCCUGCCCGGCUCCUCCUCCUCCUCCUCCUCCUCCUCCUUCCUGGGCUGUUCCUCCUUCCCCUCCGUCCCUGCCCAGCUCUGUCCCCUCUUCCUCCUCUCUGGCCGGGGCUCGUCUGAUUCCUCCUCUGCUGAGGGAGCAGUCCUGGAGCGUUCACCCUCACCAGGCCUUUCUGCUCUUCUGCCUGGCCUUGGGUCCUAGAGAUGUAAGUGUUGAGUGGCACAUAAACGGGCAGAAGCUCGAGACUCCUGUCACUGAAUACAGACACGUGGUUUCCCAUGAUGCCGUGCUGGUGAGCAGCUGGCUGAGGGAGGAGGCUUUGAAUAAAGGCGUCCAGUACGAGUGUACAGCGGUGUCUGCAGCGGGAAGCCACGCGUCGAGAGUGGAGCUUCGGCUCGACAGCAGAGACGAGGCCGUGGAGCGCUGGAGAACCGCUCUGACCGAGCACAACACACUCCUGCAGCAGUGGAAGAAAGCAUGGGAGAGCUGUGACGGAGAGGGUGUUCUCUGAAGCGGCUCAUUAUCGCUCAUCAUGUUAUCAUUUUCUGACUCCAGGGACAGACACUUGGACGAGAGCACACACACACACACACACAGCUCAUGUCACACUGGUGUUGUGUGGUGGUUUCUUCUCUCACAGAAGAACUCUCCGAGUCUGUUCCCGAUCCGUGGAUCCCGUCAGGAUUCCAGGCUGUUGGAGAGAUCUGUGGAGGACGAGUGCGGUGAGACGGGCCUCUCAGGCCUCAGCCGUCCACACACUUCUAUUUAUACUCCCUCCAUCCUCGAGAGCAAGUGACAGCGGCUCAUGUUAGUGAAAGCAACAUUUGUUUUUAUAAUAGUCCUCUUGAGUUAUUUAAAUAAUCGUGUGUUUAUCUGAGCAGAUAUAUUUCAAAGAAGUUACUGGUCCUCCAAAAGAGGUUGC